CAGAAGUUGCUGCCAUAGAGACGGCGACCAAGUGACACAUGGAGUCUCGCUGCAGCUGAUGGGGGGAGUGGCGGUCGGGAGUGGCGUGAGGGGAAUUAAUAACACCAUUAAUCCUUGAGUGUGACGUGUGUGUGCUGCCUUCAGACGAGUGCCAGGCCGUGCAAAAUGCCGCUGCAGCUUGAUCUGGAGAUAAAGGGCACAGACAAAGCUGAGCUGCAGGAUGGUGCCAGGACCAUUGCCCUCAAGGUGCAUCCUGAGUGGAAUAAAGACACGUUACAGUUCCAGGUGUACACGAGUGGCAUCACCAACCAGCUGAUUGGUGUGUGGCAGGAUGAGAAGAACAGGCAGCUGCUGGUGAGGGUAUACGGCCAAGGCACAGACUUGUUCAUUGACAGAGAGGCAGAGAGGAACAACAUUGAGGUUUUACACAAAGUUGGCUGUGCACCAGAAUUACUUGCUGUCUUCAAGAAUGGGAUCAGUUAUGCAUUCACCAUUGGAAUCCCCACAACCACCACAUUAAUAGUCCAAGAGCCAGUCUGGAGAGGCGUCACUCAGGAGCUAGCAAAGUUUCAUAAAACUGAGGGAGGAGACAUCACAAAGGCAUCACUAUUCCCCAAAAUUUACCAUUUUCUGAACCUCAUACCUGAGAAAUUUGAUGAAGCAAGGCAAAAAAGACUGGAGGAACGCAAGUACACCAAAGUUCACCUGGGGCAGGAAAUCAGUGACCUUGAGAAGUGCCUCACUACUUUAGGGUGUCCAAUUGUGUUCUCCCAUAAUGAUAUUCUUCUGGGAAACGUGAUCUGGGAUGAACCAACCAAAAAAGCCAGCUUCAUAGAUUUUGAGUACGGGGCAGCAAACUACCAGGCGUAUGACAUUGCCAAUCACUUCAAUGAAUUUGCAGGAGUCGAUGAGGUGGAUUACAGUUUGUAUCCAAGUAAGGAAUUCCAGUGCCGUUGGCUGCGCAGCUACUUGGCUCACUACUUUGGGAAGAGUGAGACAGAAGUUGAUGAAAAGGAAAUAGAAAAGUGGUACAUCUGGUCCAAUAAGUUUGCCCUGGCAUCUCAUCUCUUCUGGGGCACCUGGGCCUUUGUUCAAGCCCACUACUCCUGCAUAGACUUUGAUUUCCUUGAAUAUGGCAUCAUCAGGUUUGAUGAAUAUUUUCGAAGGAAAGAUGAAUUCUUGGGCCUCUCUCCAAAAGAGCAAUAGAAGAAGAUUACUUAUUAAUGUUUUAUUGUUACCAUAUUUUUAAUCAUGUUCAUUUGUGGUUGUUAUUGUUUUAUGGUUAUUUAGAUUUCUGUUCAUUAGUGGUUUCAUCAUUUAUUUAGCGUGCUUGUAGAAUUGAAAUUAAUUAAUAGGUCAAUGAAUAUCUCAGCUGUAAAUCUUUAAUAAGAUUAACAGUUUUGGGGAGGAGACUAGUUCAUUGUUAUAGUGAAGUCUUCCUCAGUGAACACAAGUUGUUAUGUAAGGAAAGCUGGAUGGCAUUGUGUGCUCAAACAGUGUUCAUUUAGGUCUUAUUGACUCCAUGCUGCAUUUAUUCUCAAAUCUAUAUGCAAUAAGUUUGAUUGAUUGUGAAUUAGUGUUGUGUGUGAUGGAAUCAUGGUACUAUACUUAAAAGUGUACUUCUGUACUUAAUUUGUACCUGCUGUGCAAUACUUUUAAGUUAUGGGCAAUAUGUGCAAUUGGGUGCAAUCUUGAGUGCUUAACAGGGUGGGUUUUAUACGUAGUGUGUGACGUUUGAGGUUAAGAAUACUAAAACCUACAGUUUAUGCAGAUCCAGUAUGGCAGUGAUUCAACAUUCCAGCAAAACAAAGCAAGGCAGGUGUUGCAGUGGAAAGUAUGAUGGCUUGUGCUCAUCUAGUGUGUCUGGUGUUGCCACAGUGCCUCGGGUGUGUUUCAGCAGCUUCACCUCCAAUUGUCUCUUAUAUUGCUCAAUGUGCUUACUUUUCUUGUUUUUGCAUAUGAUAUCUGAUUUUUAACUCAGGUAUUUUGAACUUUUUCAGUCCACUGUAGAAACAUUUCAGUAUCAGUCAGAUAGUUUAUAAUCAUUAGUCAUUUAAAUGUAAGUUCUGGAUCUGGAUAAACUUCAACUUGCCAGAUAUGUUAUGCAAGUUACUGGGUUAAUUAAGGACUGCUAACUUGUCCUGAAUUAUUGUGUUUAGGUUUGCUGUAUUAAGAGGAUUUUGUGCAAUCUUUCUAUGUUAUCAUUGUUACUACUGUGUUUAUUUGUUCGUAUGUAGUGAAAAGACAGUCCAGACCAAGCAAGAAUCACUCGUGUCUUGGCAUUUUGACAUGUCAGACUCUUACUGGUUAAGGGUUUCACUCCCCAGCAGCUGUCUCUUGUAGCUUCCAUUCCUUCACACUCUUUAAGGGAAUCUGGCUGCCAGAUGUGUGUGUGCCAUGUUCCAGAGUGACCCAAGGUAUUAUUUACCAAGGCCGGAGUGAUUCAUGGUCAGCUCUGGCUGCCUCAAUGCUACAUGUAAUGGUUAUUACUGCUUUUGACUCUUGUGUUGCUAAAACAGGGUUGGUUGAUAUUAUUAAUGUUUUAAGGUUUUUAAAUACUUCAUAUAUUCAACAUACAUUUAUUAAUACAAUACAAUGUCAUUUUUAACUAUACUAAUCCAAUGUAAGUUUUGUUUCUAUACAAAUGUGAAUAUGUAGGAUGCAUUAUGGUUAGGAGGGAAUGGUGGAGGUAGAUGAGAGAAAUAAUGUGUGUGUGUGUGUGUGUGUGUGUGUGUGUGUUGGGUUUAAAGUAGUUGUUGUUGUCAGGAAGCUUUAGGGGAGACUCUUAUUUGGAGCCCCUCACUUCAGAAACUGCCUUGUGCAAGUCCAGACAUCUGUGGGGAUAGAGAACCUGGUGUUAGUAGCUAAUCUUUUAAUGAGGUGAAGUGACUGUACAAUGAUAAGUACACACACAACACAACACACCACAAACACACCACACAACAAACACACACACCACACCACACCACACAACAAAACACACA